GCCAGCACCAUGGGGGCUGGGGCCAGCGCUGAGGAGAAGCACUCAAGAGAGCUGGAAAAGAAGCUGCGAGAAGAUGCUGAGAAAGACGCCCGAACGGUGAAACUGCUGCUUCUGGGUAGGGCGGGCUGGUGGGCACCUCCACGGGCCAGAAGCCGGGGUGACCUGGGACACAGAAUGAGCCUGUGACAGGCAGGGAACAGAGUGGGAGCCCUGGCCAAGCCCGGCAGCAGUGCCUGGGCUCCCCAAGGCCGGGUGUUCCACGGAGCUCCCAGCAACACCCCCCUCCGGAGAAGUGUGUGCCCACCACACUUUGUACAGGUGUGAGUGCAGGGCACACUGUCUGGGCUCCCUCAAGCCCAGGCCUUUGGCUUGGUGGGCCUGCUAGGCAGGGAACCCCACAAUAGGGCUGCUCCCUGGGAAGGAGAAGCCACGGUCCUCCUGGGAGUGUGCAGCCACUACUACCCCCCGAUCCUUGACAACAGCCCUCAGGUCCCAGGGCUUUGUUGAUGACAGGUCUGCCAAUCAGCUACAGGGGGCGCGGGGGUAGAAGAGCCAGCAGGGAGUCAUGCCACAUCCAUGUCCCGUGGGCAGUGGCAGGAACGGGGCCGAGCCCUGGACGCACUGCCGCCCCUCAAGGGGAAGAAGGCUCUCCGGGGUCCAGUCGAGCAGCUGAAUGUGGGCAAAGGGACCAAGCCAGAGAACCCCCAGAAGACAGAAGACAGAGGUUAAACCAGACAUCCCAUUAACUGUGCCCAAGGCCCUCUUGCAAACAGGCUGAGAGGGGCGUCAGCUGUAUCCUCUCUCCUACCCAGAGGCGCUCAUUUCCUCUGAGCUGCUUGGAGACGUUCCCCUUGCAACGCAGGUGAUAAGCAGGGGUUGACCCGGCGCGAACGCCUCCUGCAUGCGCUACCGGAACUCCCCACAAGAUGGCGCCCCAGAUAGUCUUUAUUUUGGUCUCCGCAUAUGCAGCCGACGCUCUGGCGGGAGGCGCCCCCGCGCCGCGGAGGUCGCUGACCGCCUCGCCGGCCCUUUUCUGUCACUCCCGCCAGAGCGUCCGGGCCUUACUUUGGAAGCGGGGUGAGUGGAAGGAUGGGACUCGGGUGUGGGCUGGUGCCCGGGCGGCCCCGGCGGCCUUGCGGGCCGGCCGCGCGGUGGCAGGCGCGGGGAUGGGGCACGCGCGGGGCGGGCGGCGCCGCUCUGAGGGGGCUUCCUUCCAGGCGCCGGCGAGUCCGGGAAGAGCACCAUUGUCAAGCAGAUGAAGUGAGUGCCCCCGCCGCCCGGGGCCCCCGGGGGUGGGCAGCGCACGCGCGGCUCCGUCCUUGCCCACCUGUCCGCGAGGCGCUCACCCCGCUCGCCCGGCCGCAGGAUCAUCCACCAGGACGGGUACUCGCUGGAAGAGUGCCUGGAGUUCAUCGCCAUCAUCUACGGCAACACGCUGCAGUCCAUCCUGGCCAUCGUCCGCGCCAUGACCACUCUCAACAUCCAGUACGGGGACUCGGCUCGCCAGGUGCGCGGGGGGCCGGUCUGUUCGCGGCCGCGGGCCGGCCCUGCACGGCCGUGGCCAACCACCGCCCCCAACCCCCAGGACGACGCGCGGAAGCUGCUGCACAUGGCGGACACCAUCGAGGAGGGCACGAUGCCCAAGGAGAUGUCGGACAUCAUCCAGCGGCUGUGGAAGGACUCGGGCAUCCAGGCCUGCUUCGACCGCGCCUCCGAGUACCAGCUCAACGACUCCGCCGGCUAGUGCGCGCGCGCGGGCGGCCGGGGCGCGGCGGGGGCGGGCGCGGCCCCCAGCCCCGCGCCCACACGCCGGCCUCCCGCAGCUACCUGUCGGACCUGGAGCGCCUGGUGACCCCCGGCUACGUGCCCACGGAGCAGGACGUGCUGCGCUCGCGCGUCAAGACCACCGGCAUCAUCGAGACGCAGUUCUCCUUCAAGGACCUCAACUUCCGGAUGUUCGACGUGGGCGGGCAGCGCUCCGAGCGCAAGAAGUGGAUCCACUGCUUCGAGGGCGUGACCUGCAUCAUCUUCAUCGCGGCGCUGAGCGCCUACGACAUGGUCCUCGUGGAGGAUGACGAAGUGAACCGCAUGCACGAGAGCCUGCACCUGUUCAACAGCAUCUGCAACCACCGCUACUUCGCCACCACGUCCAUAGUGCUCUUCCUGAACAAGAAGGACGUCUUCUUCGAGAAGAUUAAAAAGGCGCACCUCAGCAUCUGCUUUCCGGACUACGACGGGCCCAACACGUAUGAGGACGCGGGCAACUACAUCAAGGUGCAGUUCCUGGAGCUCAACAUGCGCCGCGACGUGAAGGAGAUCUACUCCCACAUGACGUGCGCCACCGACACGCAGAACGUCAAGUUUGUCUUCGACGCUGUCACCGACAUCAUCAUCAAGGAGAACCUCAAAGACUGCGGCCUCUUCUGAGGCGGCCGCCACACCCCUUGGUCUCAGUCCCCCGCGCGCUCCCCAGCACCCACUGACCUCUCUGUGGCGUCCCUGCCCCCUCAUUCGCCCCAGCUCCGCAGACACAGCGGCUGCGGGACCCCCUCCCCACCAGGCCCCGCCACAGCCCCUCCCCACCCAUUAACUCUCUGGACCCCAACUCCCAGGCCUCACUGCUUCUAAGUCCACCUCCACAAUGUCUCUCGGAUGAAGCCCAGUUAUUCUGGGGCUCAGGGAUGUUGAUUCGGUUCCUUUUUCUAUUCACAGGCACCUGUGCUCAUGUGGGCCCCUGAGGCCCUGUAACCCUAGCCACCUUCUAUCCCAGCCCACAGAGCCCCAUCACCCCCCAAGACUCCUGGGCCCCACCAGCCACGAAGCCCUGAGCCCUGCUCCCUUGAGGCGCUGGCCCUGCCCCAGCCUCAGCCCUGCGUGGCUGCACUGGCCUCCAGGACCCACCACAGCCAGCCCCAGCUGGGAGCGGCAGGCCUUGGGGCAGCUGGGGCUCACAGUGACUCAGCAGGGCCCGGCUGGCUGGUUCCCAGCAGCUCUCCUGCUCUGGGGGCCUGUCACUCACUGGGUGGGUCUGGGCCCAGCAAACAGCCUCCCUCCCAGAGGUUCCUGAAGGGCAGGGGGCAUGCAGCGGUCCCUCCUCCAGCAGCAGGGGUCAGGCCUGCUGCUGACCAUCGGCUCAUCCCAGCCUUAGCACCUCCAUGUGACAAGUCUGACACCCGUCCACCCAGUGGCCAGGGACUGCCCUUCAGGGGUCCAAGGUGCAAGCCAGCUCAUAUAGAUGAAUUAGUGGGUGAGGAUGGGCCUGGGAGCCCCUGGGUGCCAGGGGGAGACUCAAUCUGGACCCCUCCCCACACACCAGGCUCAGAGGAACCUCUAGUCCCUUCCCCCUUGGGCUCUGCCCCCUCUGUCCUUGGACGCCAGAUCCAUGUGCUGCUCAGCCGCCCACCCACGGUACUCAGGCUGGCCAGCCAUGGGGACGGUCUGCUGAGGGAGGGUACUGUUGACACCCAGCUGUGGCCAAUGGUUGAACUGUCCCGAGGGGUGGCUGGGGACAGAGUCCGGCUCCUAUUGAUCAGCCACAGGAAGAGGAUUCAGGACAGGACGGAGGCCCAGGUUGUGCCCAGAGGGGUCCACCUCAGGUGGGGUCACAAGCCAGCCCAGAUGACCCUCGUGCCCCUCUCACCCUUUCCAUUCAGGACCCACUCCUUGGCAGGAAAAUGGGGGACUAUGCGUAAACUGUCAGGGACAAAGGCCCCUGUCCCCGAACCCCCGCUCCGGACUUCCUUGCCGAGCCCUGAGUCCUCGCUGAUGCCCGCGGGCCAGGGUCUGUGCUGCACUGAUGACAAGGCCAGGCAGGGCCUGAUCCACAUGCCCCUCAGCUAGAUGCACAGACUCAGCAAUGCACCUUUGCCUGAGGCCCUGCCUGUCCUUUCCUGUGGGGGGGGGAGGGCGCUCAUUAUCACAAAUCAGAGACAUUUACUCAGUGCCCCGUGCCGGACUGGAUGUGUAGAGACCCAGCCUUUCCCAGGAGGAGCGUCUGGCUUCACAUGGCAGGGGUACUCUUGGGGGCAUGGGACCAACUUGUGCCUCUUGAGGGGUUUGGGGGAAAGGGGCCAUGGGAAUGUCUACAGGGACGAUCUUGGGUGAAGAGGGAGUUCUGAGUUGAAACCAAUCCUGGCAGAGAUAGUAGGACGUAUAAGGCCCAGGAACAAGGGCUUGUAAAGGGAGCUCAGUGGAGUGGGAGCAGGACAGGGUGACACAGGGUUGGAGACAGUGGGCAGGUGCCACCCUGAAGGCCUCCACUUCCUCGAGAAGCCCUGGAAGCUAGGACGUAAUUGCAGGGCUGAAACUGGGGUGAGACCAAAGAGGCACUCACCUCAGGUGCAAAAGUCGAGGUGGUGCCAAAAAAUUCAGUAAUCAAGAUAAUCUAUUAAUGCAAUACUUUUAAAAAGCAAAAUUCCUGCAAAAAAAUCCAUUAUGAACAAAAUAUCAAAAUUUUACAUGAAGACAAGACCCAAGAGAGCUGCAGAGCAUAUUGGAGCCUGAAGCAAAAGGAAAACUGUCUGCUAUGUAUGUUCUUAUGUAUUUUUAAUGGUCAAAUUUUUUUUGCAGAACAUUAAAGUAGUUCAAAAAAUUGUAAGUAUGUUAUAACUCAUGAUAUUAUUUUAAGCUUAAGUAUUUUAUUUAUACUUAAAACAACUUGCAAUUUUAUUUCCCCAGCUUUAAUGAAAAUAAAAUCAUCAAUGAUAUUUUUUAUAAAUUUGCUUCUCGGGAAAAAAAUAAAAUUUUUCAUGGCAACUUGUAUACAGGGCACAUAUUUUUCUGGGGGGCUGGUGUGAACAGGCAUGGGGGAGGAGGAGAGUGGAGCUGGGGGUCAUGAGGAAGGCUUCUGUCCCCAUUGCCCUAGGAGGCCAGGUUCGGCAAGGGGUGAGGCUCAGUGACGGGUCUAGAAGUGUACGGGUGGCCACGUGCCUGCAAUGCCCCCGAUCUGGGACUGCAGAGGCAUGUUGAGUGGACUGCGUCUGGACCUGUGGCUCUUGAGGGGAAGUCCAGGAGGCAGCCAGAUCCCUGGCACUGGGCAGGAGGCAGCGUGUGGCAGCACUCCCUGUGUCCAGCGAGCCAAGCGCACCAGUUGCUUCUCCAUCAGGCUUCUUCUGAUUUGCGCCCCCCAGCCUGGCAGGGCCUUUGGACGGCCCUUGGUGUGCGCUUGGAGACGCUGUGGCUGGGGCGUGGGAGGGCAGCCCCGGGAAGUGCAGGAAGAGCCAGCUCCUCCCGGGGCUCGGGCAGGGUUCUCAGGGCUGAUCUCCCAUCUGGGUGUUGAAGGACAACCGCCCGGCCUCUGCUCCUUCCAGUCUGGACUGAGGACCCCACGACCCGCAGGCUGGGUGACCUUGAAGCCAGGCCUGGUCCCCGAGGCACCGCUAAUGGGAGCACCUAUGCGAAUGGCUUCUGUGAACCUCUGAGAUGUCCAUAGCCGACCAGAGAUCUGGCCUACAGCUCUCCUGACCCCGAAGCACUGGCAGGUUCCAAGCCCCUAGGGAGGCUCAGGAUCGUAAGGGCCCUCCUGACCCAGGGAGGGGGCAGACAUGACACAGGGAGGUCCAGCUUGGCCAGGAACAGCAGAGGCCAUGGGAUUAAUCGGAUCAGAGUGGAGAAGCAUGGCACACAGCUGUUCUGUAACCCCCCCACUGCAGCUCACCCCCAAGGUCAAGGCCUACCCCAGCUCCCUGCUGGCUGGGCCUGAGGGGCCUUAACACCCAACACCCACCUCUGGCCCCCAAAGCCUUCAGAAGGAAGCAGGCACGGGUGGGAGAGGGGCCCCCGCCCCCACCCCCAAGAACAGGACUACCCUAAAACCCCUUCCCACAGGGCACAAAGUCCCAGGCCCCACCUACCGGGGGACACAGCUGUCCCCUACCCCUUUAGAAAUAAGGAAAUGGGGGCCAAAGCUCAGCGUGAGCCAAGCCUGCUCCCCUCCUGUGCCCACUGCCCCACCCUGUG